GAGGCAUAUUCGAAGGUGUAGCCUGAGUGAGAAAGUAGUACUGUGUAGUUUGGUGGUGUGUGUGUGACAGUGUGAGAAAGGUAUGGACGUCGCUCAGGUGCUUCAUAUGAAUGGUGGUGAUGGAGAUUAUAGCUAUUCAAACAAUUCUCUUCUACAGAGAAAGGUUAUAUCAAUGACAAAACCUAUAAUUGAUGAUGCUUUGGCCGAUCUCUAUUCUGCUAUGAACUUCCCCAAAACCCUAAUCAUGGCGGAUCUUGGAUGUUCAUCUGGACCAAACACAUUAUUAGUGGCAUCCGAGCUCGUCAAGUCAGUUGACAAGAUCCGACAGAAAUUUGGUAACGAUGAAUCACCCGAAAUACAGAUCUACUUGAACGACCUUCCACAUAAUGAUUUCAACACCAUUUUUCUCUCGGUUUCAAAAUUUCAAAAGAAUCUUACAAAUCAAAUGGUGCCCAGCUCUUCUUCACCAUGUUAUGUUUCUGGUGUUCCUGGAUCAUUCUAUACAAGGCUUUUUCUCAGCAAAAGCAUUCAUUUUGUCUACUCUUCCUAUAGUCUCAUGUGGCUUUCCCAGGUUCCUAAAAUGAUUAAUACAAACAAAGGGAACAUAUACAUGUCAACGACAAGCCCACCUAACGUAAUUAAAGCUUACCAUGAGCAAUUUCAAAGAGAUUUUUUGAUGUUUCUCAAGUGUCGUAAGGAGGAGAUGGUGAGCGGAGGGCGCAUGGUUUUGACAAUACUAGGGAGGCAAAGUGAUGAUCCAUGUUCCAAAGAAUGUUGUUAUGUCUGGGACCUCUUAGCAACAUCUCUAAACGAUAUGGUUGCUGAGGGACUUAUAGAUGAAGAGAAACUGGAUUCAUUUAAUAUUCCACAGUACACUCCUAGUCCUAAAGAAGUCUGUAAUGAAGUCGAGAAAGAAGGGUCGUUUGCAAUUAAUCGCCUUAAGGUUUCUGAAGUGGAUUGGGAUGCUUGCACGGACAACAAUGUUAACUCAUUAGAAGAGGAUGCACAAGGAUACAAUAUGGGAAAAUGUAUGAGAGCUGUUGCGGAGCCUUUGAUCUUGAGUUACUUUGGCGAGUCGAUCAUUGAGGAGGUGUUUGAGAGGUACACGAAUAAUAUCAAGAUUUGCAUGUCGAGAGAGAAGGCCAAACUCGUUAAUGUCACUUUGUCAAUGACCCGAAAAGGGUGAUCCUCUUAUGCUUAAGAAACAUGCAAUUGUUCGGAUUGAUUUGCUUAAGAACGUUAGAAUGUAAUAUUUUGCUUUUUAGCAAGGUUUGAAUAAAAUGUUCCAUUUCAAAAUGCUA